GCCGGGCGCGCCGGGCGCCCACACUCACACCGCAGCCACCGCGGCCGCGGAGGAACUGAAACCCAGAGCGGCCGACCUUGGGCCUCGGCUGGAGCCUCCCGUCGCGGCGGCUCGGAACCGGUGCCCGGGACGGGCCGCCCUCGGAGCGCAGCGAGCCCUGCCUGGCGCGACCCGCACCUCCCUACCGGUGCCCGUCCACCUGCCGCGAUGACUAGCUUCCCAACCACGCCUCCUCCACCAGAAGAACUGAUGGCUACCACAAUUCUACAGGCCACUGAGGUCCAGUCCUCAGAAGCUGAAGCCAGCACAGCUCUCAUUGCAGUUGUUAUCACCGUGGUCUUCCUCACCCUGCUCUCAGUCGUGAUCUUGAUCUUCUUUUACCUGUACAAGAACAAAGGCAGCUACGUCACCUACGAACCCGCAGAUGGCGAGCCCGGCGCCGUUGUCCUGAUGGAGAAUGACUCAGCCAAGGGCAGGGAAAAGGAAGAAUAUUUCAUCUAAUGGUUCCCAGUUCCCAGGUUCCCAGGAGCUUAUCCAGGUUCCAGUGCUAACACACUAUUCAUUAGGUGAAAGUUUUACCUGAAACCGGUGAGGAGCAUCCAUUGAUAUGGGUAGACCUGAGCUGCUUCCAGGACGCGGGCCUAAAUGCCAGCAUCACUGUCACCAUGGACUGGGGACACAAGCCAGCUGCUCACGUCUCUGGCCAGGCCUGUCACACAGCUUCUGACUCAUGAGUGAGAUGGAGCCGUACUGGGCAACACUGGCUGGAGUAUACGCCCAGUCAUCUUCACUUUUUUCACAGGCUGAAGGGAAGAAGAGAGUCAGGGGUCUCUGGAUGCUCCUCUGCCCUUUCCUGGUCACCUAGUGACCACCCGAGUGGAAGGAGUACCCUUGAUUAUUCCCAGAGGUGGGACACCACAAAGAAAGGCCAGGCCAGCAGGGCCAGGAGACCGUGGAGACCUCCCUCCUGAUGAACAUGCCACGUCCCUUAAUCUGAGCCCUUCCUCUCCUUAUCCCCCAACAAUCCAGACAUAUGCUAUUUUUAUUAGAAUUAAAAUCAUUUGUUGAUACAGAAAUCAGAUUCUCAUGUGCCGGACAUCACCAUCUUUAUACUCUGACUCAUCUCUGCUCAAACUUUUGACAGUCUGCUCUGUUGUUCAGCCUCUCAGUCAUGUCCGACUCUCUGUGACCCCAUGAACUGCAGCAUGCCAGGCUUCCCUGUCCUUUGUCUCCCAGAGUUUGCCCAAGUUCAUGUCCAUUUUUUGCUUACUCAACUCUUAACCUGUGUUUUCUCCCAAGCAAAGGGGGCCCCAGGGAAGUUUAUAAUAAUAUGUUUAUAAUAAUGUUUAUAAUAAAAUGAAAAAAAGCUAAACAUCUAGAAUGGAACUCAUGAAAAUA